AAGUGCAGAUGCUACGAAAAUGCAGAAAACGGACUUCGCUCAGGCACCCUCGCGAGGAAGACUAUUUUCGCUGCAUUUUCUCUCCACAGCUGUCUGCCUGGCCAUGAUAUCUUUCCAGAGAGCCAUCGUUUGUAAAGAUCCGUGGAUAUACAGCUGAGCUAUGAAAAAUUUGAGUUCGGCUCAACUCAGAAAAAUUUGAAUUUUUCUGACCCCCUUGGCACUGAAAGGGUUAAUCAGAAAUCAAUCAAGAAUGAGCAAGACCUUGAUGGCUGCCGCUCGCUGAGCCUAUUGCCUCUCUGCUCAGUAUGCUCAUCCCCACAGACACGUAUGGUAUUGGACCUAAAUGACUGUGGAUGCUUCAUGUAUCUCACUCGAGCGCCUCUCCUACAAUUGUAGCGUGGGAAGAUACGGUAUUUCGGCGGACAGCUGUCGCUGUACACGACUUGUUUUUAUGGUUUUCCAAUGGAUCCGAAGCGGAGCGUGGGGGAGACGUACCUUCCUGCUGCUUCUAAUCGCAUCAUGCUUGUGGAUCGGCGUGAUGAUAGCAAGUGGACGGCUCCAGCACUCGUCCAGCUGGUUUGGUGCUGGUUUGAGUCUGCUGCCAGCCAAACCAGUGCGCUCUGUACAACCAGGUCACAUGACAGUGAAGCUUGGCAGUGAUGCUGCUGCUGCUGCUGCUGUAGUGCUGGGGGUGAACAAAGGGACAGGGAGGACAGCAGCAGCACCUGGAAUGGGAAGCAGCAGUGGCAGCCUAUCAGGCGCUGCAGGGGCAACGACAACAACAGCAGCAUCAGUGAAGCUAGCUCCUGGUAGUACAUCACAACAGCAGAAGCAGCAGCAGCAGCAGCACCUGCAGAAGGCGGCCUCGACGGUGAGACAGAGCGGCAGUCCUGUGCGAACGGGGAUAACUAGCACACCAAUACCCAGCAAAUACCACGUGCGAUCGCCCGCAACACCAACAAAACAACUCCCAUCAUCAGCAGCACUACCACCAGCAGCGGCAGCAGCGGCAUCACAAACACUACCUGCAAGCACCCAACGGCUCAGGCCGGGCAACGUGAUCGCCACGGCAACUCGACCUGCCCAAGUGAAGUCGCCGCCGCCGACGACGGGUGUGUCGCCGCUCAAGCAGGUUACCAUGGGAACCGAGCAGCAGAAAGGCCAGACAUCAUCGGUGCCGAUAGUGGCGACAGCGGGUAACAGAACGACACAAGCUCCCGAUUGUCUUAGCGACACCUGUACGCUGGCGCGCGGCUGUUGCUGUAGUGUGGAGAAACCGGCCGCCAAUGCACCACGUCUCACUCCGGACCUAAACGCGGUGCCCAGCGAAGGCGAACUCCUCGCCAAGUACAACAAGACGGGAAUCCAGCCGGGUGGGCGUUGGUCGCCGAGUGAUGGCUGCGUCGCGGAGCAGAAGCUUGCGCUGAUAGUGCCGUAUCGUAAUCGCUACGAGCACCUGCGAUUAUUCCUUAGUUACAUGCACGAGUACUUGCAGCGUCAGCGUCUGGACUAUGCCGUGUAUAUUGUGGAUCAGGUGGACGAGCAGCCGUUCAACCGGGCCAUGCUGAUGAACGUGGGAACGCUUGAGGCGUUGCGUGAGUUCAACUACACUUGCUUUGUGUAUCACGACAUAGACAACAUUCCCGUGGACGCCAUGUUGAGUUACUGGUGUGAGUCAGUGCCUGUGCACAUGUCUGCCAGGACAGACCGCUGGAACUGGGGAUUGCCAUAUUUCUCUUUUGCCGGCGGAGUUGUCAAGCAGAGUACCGAUCAGAUAUUCAAAAUGAACGGCUUCUCCAAUGUGUUCUGGGGCUGGGGCGGUGAGGACGAUGACGUUUCUAUUCGAUGGCGGACGUACAAGCUGAACAGGCGUCGACCACCAAAGGAACUUGGUCACUACGCUACGAUUAAACGCAAUCAUCAGCGUGGCUCGUCACCGCAAUUUGAUCGAAUGAAGAUCCUCCGCAAUAGCUCGAAACGUGCCGAAAUUGAUGGCAUUCGGAGCACCCGGUAUGAGGUACUUGGUAUCGAGCAUCAGCCACUAUACACACAUCUCAAGGUAAAACUGCUGCGUGACCCGCGCUUUGAAUCCAUCUACUCACCGUGAGCGAAUCCGGAAACGGUGUGUGUGUAUGUGUGUGUGUGUGCGCGCACGUGUGCGUGUGUGUGUGUACGGCAGCUGCACUGCGGGUAGCUAGACUGUGCGUGUGUUCUUUGAGCCGUCACGGCGGGUUUUCCCCGUGCCUGUUUUCCCAAGCACGGAUCAAGAAGUCCGUCUAACACUUGAGUUGACUCACUGAGCUUGACGUGUGCUAGGUCCCACUUGACUUUUGAGUAAUUUUAGUAGACCAUGUUAUGUUAGCGAUAUCACUCCCGUCGCAGCCUUGGGGGGAAUUUCCCUUCCUGCCGUAGGCAUUAUUUAUUCUUCUACUAUAUCUUUAGGAGAUGUCCCACCGCUUUAUAAGCUGUAUCUGCGCCUUGGGCGGUGGCGUUCCUGCGGAUGCGGAAAACUCGGCUUCUAGCCGAGCCUCACACAAACCGUGAUUUUUUAGAUGUCAUUGUAGAUUUUAGUAAGGAAACCUACGGGCUCCUGUAUUCUUGUAUACAUGUACUUGUAGCUGAGUGAACUAACCUAUUGGGGCUGGCUCCCAUGUUCUAGGUCCUAGUUAGCUUAUCCUAGUUGGCGUUUUGUGACUUUUGUCGUUUGUUUGUGUUUAUCCCUGUCUCUGCUGCCGUGUCCCUGCUCACACCUAGCAAAUCUUCCGUUUGUCUUAGACUGGUCUGCUACUAUAGGUUCUAAUGAUAUUAUUAUUAUACUGCGAUGCCUUUUGUUGGCUCUUCUGCCUGGAUUUCAUUGGCAGAUAGGAUCCUUCCAUGAGUGACAUGCGAACUGUAACUAUUUCUAUUAUUAGACUGGUAUAGCCGCCGGUCCGCCAUGCUGAAUCGGUCUAACCUUGCCUUUCACACCGACGUAUACUGCCGCUAGGGGUGUCGUAUCUGGUGACUACCCGAUCGCGACCCUAUCGUAGCCAUUUUUUUGGUCUUUCAACCAUGGAUUUGUUUAACUGAUUUUAAAAACAUGUUUUAAACCAAUCGUUAGGACGAUGUGAUUAGUACUGAUUACCCAAAAUCAACACCUUUUCCUCUCGAAAUGAAUUGAUUACUAGUACCCGAAAUCAACACAUUUCCCUCUCGGAAUGAGUCUUGCUAUGAUUUCCUUGUGUGAUACCUGUUUGUGAUAUGAACAAGUAAGAUUGCACCAA